AUGGCCUCUUGCGUUUCCGUGGGAUGGUAACCAGCGCGCCCCUCGUUAACCUGCGUCCAUACCAAAUAUCCUGCAUCGAUGCCUGUACAAACGCUAUCAAAUCCGGCUCAAAUCGCAUAGGCGUUUCUCUUCCCACAGGAGCCGGAAAAACCACAGUAUUCAUCUUUCUCCUCUCCAAAAUCCGCGCACCCUCUCCUCAAACGUCUAGGUCUCUCAUCAUUGUGAACAGCGUCGAGCUCGCACAGCAAGCAGCAGAACAAGCGAAGGCGCUAUUUCCGCACUGGGACGUCGAGAUUGAGCAGGGCGUGAAGUAUAGGGCGUCUGGAAUUGCUGAUGUAACUGUCGCGACAUAUCAAACUCUACUCCAGCCUCAUCGACUGGCAAAAUUUGACCCUCACAAUAUAAAAGCAAUCAUUAUUGACGAAGCCCAUCAUGCAGCUGCACCUUCUUACCGUCGAAUCCUAUCUCACUUUAACCCUGCAAUCAAAAACCCUGACAGUACUUUCAAACCACCUGUCCUUCCUCACUCCGUUGCCAUCCUCGGAUUCUCAGCCACAUUUAGUCGUCAUGACGGUUUAGCCCUCGGCUCAGUAUUUGAACGCAUAGUCUACCACCGUGAUUUUCUCGAGAUGAUCAAGGAACAGUGGCUGUGUAAUGUGCGCUUUACGACUGUACGCACGAACAUCGACUUGAGAGAUGUUACAGUAAACAGGAGAACGGGCGAUUUCAACGCAGCGAGUUUGUGUAAUUUUAUCAACACCCCAACAGUGAACAACAUCGUCGUGCAAACUUAUCUCGAUCGUGCACAGGGCCGAAACACUACGCUCGUUUUUUGUGUUAAUCUCGCACACGUACGGGAGCUUACGAGCACGUUUCGCUCCUACGGCAUUGACGCACGAUACCUGUAUUCUGGCACACCCACUGCAGAACGUGCAGCUCUGAUACAGUCCUUCAGGGAAGGAGAGUUCCCUGUUCUUGUUAACUGUGCAAUCUUAACAGAAGGUACGAAUAUCCCUUCAAUCGACUGUGUCAUUGUAGCCCGACCAACGCGGUCAAGGAACGUUUUUGCUCAGAUGAUUGGUCGUGGUAUGAGACAAUGCCCUGACACCGGAAAAGUCGAUUGUCGGAUCAUAGAUUUCGUCGAUAGCACCAGCCGCGUGGCAGGCGUAGUGUCAACGCCAACACUGUUCGGGCUUGAUCCAGCAGAAAUCGUGGAUGACGAAACCACCGAAUCCUUAGAAGCCCGCACUUCCAUCCCCUCCUCUCUUGCCACCUCUUCCUCGGAUUCCCCGCCUCAACUGAGCAGCGGAGAUGAGAUCCCUGACCCUACUUCUGUUACUUACACCGAUUAUGAUGAUCCUUUCUCCCUGGUUGCACAGUCGUGUGGUGCGCCAUGGAUUAAUAAGAUGAGUGCGAACGCAUGGGUAGGAUGUGGAGCCGGUGUAUAUGUGCUAGAGUGCAUGGGGAAAGGAUUUAUUAAAGUCAUGCGUGUUGAAGGGGAUGAGUCCGAUCCCGAACAUUACAAGGCAACUUAUACUGAGUCCAUCCCGAUUCAGACUGCCAUGGCUCUCAAAUUAUCGCCUUAUUUACGCAGUAGGACGAUUUUAACUGCCCAGGAUCUAUCUGGUGCGAUUAGAGGGUGCGACACGUAUGCUGUGCAAAAGGUUAUUCGUGGACCUCUGGCUUUGGGGCUGCUUCGUUCCGCGCAGUGGAGGAGGGCGCCUGCUAGCGACAGCCAGAAGCUUUUUAUCCAGAAGAGGUGGACGAAGAAGUCCCGUAUUGCGAACGACGACUUGGCGACAACUUUGGAUUCAGAUUCUGUUAAGCGGAUAGAUGGGCUGACGAAAGGCGAGGCUGCGAAUAUUAUUACGCGGUUGAAGCAUGGUGCUCAGGCUCGCUACGAAAAGAGAGCCAAAGCUGGAGAGAGGAUGGCAAAGGCCCAAGAUAAAGAGCUGAAGAGGAAGGCAAGAGAGGUUACGCAGGUGGGGCCACUGACGGAGUUAUUAUCAUGAUAGUGAGCAUGCACGAUGGCUUUUUUUGUGAGUUGAAUAGUAUAUGCUGGAACUCCAGUAGCUAUUGUAGUUUAAUCAAUAACGUAAUAAUCUGAGUAGGAACUUCAUAUUCUGGUGUUAAAACAAGAAAUCCAAUAUAUUACAUAUAU